CCUCCCAAACGUGGUGGAGGGGCCGACUCCUCUUUCCUCACCCCGCGCGGUCCCAUCAUGCACCUGGACGGCAGCGCUUCGGAACCAGCGCGCGUGCGCAAGACUCAAACAAGGUCUCGGUGACCCCGGAAGCGGUCGUCCGCCGCGGGGCGUCACAUCCUGCCGGCGUUUUGUGCAGGAGCUGGGCCGGGGUGCGGUGCGGAGCAGAGCGGAGCUGCGGGGAAGGUCGCCACCAUGACGGACCGCUACACGAUCCACAGCCAGCUGGAGCACCUGCAGUCCAAGUACAUCGGCACGGGCCACGCCGACACCACCAAGUGGGAGUGGCUGGUGAACCAGCACCGCGACUCCUACUGCUCCUACAUGGGCCACUUCGACCUGCUCAACUACUUCGCCAUCGCCGAGAACGAGAGCAAGGCGCGCGUGCGCUUCAACCUCACCCGCCCCGCCCCGCCAUGCGCCGAGCCGCGACCCACCCCGGCGGGGACACCGGCAGAGAGGCCUGAGGGGCUCCCAAGGCUGAAGACGGACAGCGCCUGCGGUGGGACUGACAGACACAGUUGCCUCCAUGCCCACGUGUUGGGUACAGUGGACUCCUGGCGUUUCUUCACCCUCCUGUUUUUUUAA